CACCGGCCGAACGCAGAACAGUCGCCGUUUCGCUUUCACAUCGCAUCGGCUGUGCUUGGGACACACUCGUGCGAACCCAUUCCAGCAUUCGUAACGUCGUAAACACACACCACCCCAACGUCGUUUUGGUUUGUUAGCUCCUUCCUUGCGACAGACACGCACCACGACCACGGUGAGCGUACGCGUGGUAUUUGCCGUCGGGAUUUUGCUCCUUCGCUGCCUCUGUUGCCGCGUUCGUGUUAUUGUUGUGCAUCGGAAUUGAACCGCAACUAGCGGGCGUGCUUGCGAUGGUCACGGGUUUUUGGUAGUGAUUUAUGCGUUGUUUGUGAUCCGGCCCGGAAGAAAAACUAGACAGUGCGGACACAGGUGAAUCACGCAUCAAUUUCCGAAUGCUGUUGGGAAGGUGAAAUGGAAGCUUGAAAACACCGGCAGAGAACGAGCGGGCACGACAGUUCCAUUCGGAAACAAGUGGAUGAAACGUCGAACGAGAAGGUGAACUGCAUUUGUUGAGUGGUCUGACACUGAUCGGAUUAAAGUUCCUGAGAUCAAAGUGAUUUAAAGUUAGUGAUAGUGAAUGAUUGCAGAAGGGGAAAAUCUGACAGAUUCAUAACACCAUCGAAGUGUAAAGCAAAAGUGACGCAGUGCUGUAAUCAACCAUCGAAGAAACAGUGAACUUAUAUCAGCAGAAGCAGACGACUAGAAAUCACGCUUUCAUAAUUGUAGAUCGUUACGAAUCUUUACGACAAUCGACGAGAGCCUCAGCAUUGUACCCACCGAAGCCAACGGGGACUACUAGCGAACCACAUUCACAAACCCAGUGAAGGCAUGCCGAGCAUGGAAAAAUUAAUCCACUUUGAAAGGUUGACAAAAUAAACUACACAGACGGCUUGCCAGAAAGGACUUCCCCACACAGCACCACUGGGAACGUUUCAAUUCAAAACCGGCGGAUCGGGACGAAACCGGGACACGGCGAAACAAUCAAUGCCAAAUUGAUGAACUGAUUUAUGCAAAUCGGGUUUGCCGCUUCGGGUGAAAGAGGGGAGACGGACGCACAGGCUGUUGUUGGUUUCGCGAAUCACGUAUUACCUUCCACUGCUUGUGUGCAGAUCUUUCAGUGCCAUAAAAUAAUAAUCCCAACCCAAACCAAAAACCAAUCGGUGGUACGCGAGCCGAGGAAGAAGGAACACGAAAAGCUGCUUCCGGUUUCCGGUGGCUUCCAGAUGAUGAGUAAAGUGUAGUACACAGUUGUGAUUCUGCUACACAUGUGCAAUAAGUCGAUUCAUUUCGGUGCAUUUUGGUGCUAGUCGUGUGUGAUCGAGAAGAAAUUGGUGGUUCGUGAAGAAGUGAGAAAAACGGCGAGAAAAUAAUGCAAGAAAAUAGCAUUGCAGCAGUUCCGGUGUCCGGUGCGACAGUGACGGCGCCCGGCAUUCCUGGCACCACAACGGGUGGUGGUGGCGGUAGCGGUGGUGGAGGUGGAGGCGGUAGUGGGACUGGUGGACAUCAUGCCUCUCCCAGCAAUGCCACAACUUCCGGACAGACGCCAGUGUCUUCGCCUAGCAAUAGCAGUAGUAUAAGCGACAUCGAUCAAGCGCAGUUCGAGGCGGAUAAAAGGGCGGUUUACAAACAUCCACUGUUCUCACUAUUGGCAUUGCUACUAGAGAAAUGUGAACAAGCAACACAAGGCUACAUUCCCUCCUCAAAUUCGUCCAGCCCGAAUGGUUCCAGUAAUGGUACGAGCGAUGGCGAUAGCUUUGCCCGGGAUAUUCAGGCGUUCGUGCAACUGCUGGAGAAGGAAAAACGCCCCCUAUUAACUAAUAAUUCCGAACUGGACGGCCUUAUGAUCAAAGCCCUGCAAGUGCUGCGGAUACACCUGUUGGAGCUGGAAAAGGUGCAAGAACUGUGUAGGGACUUCUGCACACGCUACAUUGCCUGCCUUCGGGGAAAGAUGCAAUCGGAAAACCUGCUUCGAUCAGAUUAUGCCUUGGAGCAUAAUAAUAAUCUGUCGAACUCCAACAGUCCCAUCAAUAGCCCGGAGCAGGAUCUCUCCGGCAGUGCUCAAGGAUUCUACCAAAACACCGACUACCUGUCCGCAAACGAUACCAAUGAAUAUAGCAAUAUGCAAGUAGGCUCCUUCGCUCAGCCGCCGCAACAGUUAACAUUGCCGAUAAACCCAGUUGAAUCAGUACCACAAGACCUUUCCAAUCCGAAUGUUCCCGUAACUGCCCAUAACCAGUUUCCAGCAGGUUUGUCUAUCCCUCCAAACACGCCCCACCUCUCCACCCAAUCGCAAAUCCUAGGAUCGACCCCUUUAAACCAAACUGGCAUUAGUUCAUUGCCCCUGAUUGACCCCUUUGUAAACGGUCAACUGUCCCCAAGCGGUAGCUCGGACGACCUCGACGAUUCGGAGCUCGAUGGCAGCCUUGAUGAACACGGGAAGCGAAUCAAACGCGGCAUUCUGCCCAAACACGCAACCAGCGUGAUGCGGGCCUGGUUAUUUCAGCACCUAGUCCAUCCUUAUCCUACUGAGGAUGAGAAGCGUGCAUUAGCCGCCCAAACCAAUCUCACGCUAUUACAAGUCAAUAACUGGUUCAUCAACGCUCGACGCCGAAUCCUGCAACCGAUGAUUGAUCAUAAUUCCGACAGUUCCGCGCAAAGUCCACCGCCCGCAGAUCUACAGCAGCAAAGUAAACGCCACUGGACCGCCGAUAACUUCCUGGGGGCGGUACCUUCCCCAAGUCAUCUCUAUCAGUUGGCCAACAUUGAGAAUAUUAGCUCCAACGUGAACCGAGCUGCGGCAUCCAGCUCGCGCCAUAAAAACCCUUCUUCAUCCUCUUCCGGAAAUACCAUCACUGGGCCAGAUUUCUUCCUCCAUCCAGCGGUAAGUUCCGAAGAAGAAUCGAACGGAUCCAGCCAUAGUCAUCUGGUUGGCGGGCGCUAACAUCCACGCGGACUGUUUACCGCGAAAACUUUGGUGCAAUCCCAAUGCCAUAAUCAG